AUGGGAUACAAGGCCGGGAUGACGACCAUCGUCCGUGACCUUGAUAGACCUGGUGCGAAGAUGCACAAGAAAGAGAUCGUCGAGGCUGUCACCGUCAUUGAGACUCCUCCUAUGAUUGUCGUCGGCCUCGUCGGCUACAUCGAGACUCCCCGCGGUCUUCGCUCCCUGACUACUGUCUGGGCCGAACACUUGUCAGACGAACUCAAGCGCCGCUUCUACAAGAACUGGUACCGGUCGAAGAAGAAGGCUUUCACAAAAUAUGCCAAGACACAAUCAGAGGGCAAGGGCAGCUCUGUCACCCGUGAGCUCGAGCGCAUCAAGAAGUACUGCACCGUCGUCCGUGUCCUUGCGCACACGCAAAUCCGCCAGACCCCCCUCAAGCAGAAGAAGGCGCAUUUGAUGGAGAUUCAGAUCAACGGUGGUUCCGUAGCAGACAAGGUCGAAUUCGGCCACGGUCUCUUCGAGAAGCCCGUCGAGAUUGACACCAUCUUCGAGCAGGACGAGAUGGUCGACUGCAUUGCCGUCACCAAGGGCCACGGUUUCCAGGGUGUCACAUCAAGAUGGGGAACCAAGAAGCUUCCGAGAAAGACACACAAAGGUCUCCGAAAGGUUGCUUGUAUCGGCGCUUGGCAUCCUUCGCACGUCCAGUGGACAGUCGCCCGUGCUGGUCAGAUGGGUUACCAUCAUCGUACCAGUGUCAACCACAAGGUCUACCGUAUUGGAAAGGGCAAGGAUGAGAAGAACGCGGCUACUGAGUUCGAUGUUGUCCAGAAGACCAUCACACCAAUGGGCGGCUUUGUCCACUACGGCGAGGUCAAGAACGACUUCGUCCUCCUCAAGGGCUCGGUCCCAGGUGUGAAGAAGCGGGUUAUGACUCUUCGCAAGUCGAUGUUCCCCCACACUUCACGCAAGGCCUUGGAGAAGGUCGAGCUGAAAUGGAUCGACACCUCGUCCAAGUUCGGUCACGGUGCUUACCAGACUCCUCAGGAGAAGAGACAAUUCUUGGGUACGCUCAAGAAGGAUCUUGUUGCUGCUUCGUAA